GGGGCUCCCGUGUCCGCGCGCCUGGCCUGCUGACUGGAACCCGAGGACAUCACCGCGGAGCGGAGUGAUUCCUAUUGGCUGAUUCAGGCAGGAUUCCAUUGUGGACGUCACAAUGCGGAAGUUGGACAAUGACCUUCAGACUAAAACUUCCUUCUCUGGGCAACAUCUGUGAGGAAAUCAAUGUUUUCCCCUUUCGCUUAAUUCAUCAAGAACCGAAUAUUGUUUGCCUAUGAAUCUAGAAGGAGAAACGUUUGUCCGUUCUGUCUGCUUCAACGGAUUUUAAACAUCAGGGGGACUGGAAAAGCACCAAGACACACACCUGAGUGAGAGAGUUUCCAAUGUACUGAGUGUGGAAACAGCUGUCACCAGUUACACAGCCUGAAGAAACAUCGCACCAUUCACAGCGCAGGAGAGUGUACACGUGUUGUGUGUGUGGCCCCCACAGUGAAAUACUGAACCUGGAAAGACACAAGGACACCUGCACCAUGGAAAGACCAUGGAAAUGUGGGGACUGUGGGAAGGGAUUCAUAUCCCCAUCAAAGCUGGAAAUUCAUCGACGCAGUCACACCGGGGAGAGGCCAUUCAUCUGCUCAGUGUGUAGGAAGGGAUUCACUCAUUCAACCCACCUGAUGAGACACCAGCGGGUUCACACCGGAGAGAGACCAUUCACCUGCUCUGAGUGUGGGAAAGGAUUUAAACAUUCAUCCACCCUGUGGACACACCAACGAGCUCACACCGGGGAGAGGCCAUUCACCUGCUCUGAGUGUGGGAAGGGAUUCAGUGAAUCAUGCAGCCUGCUGACACACCAGCGAGUUCACACUGGGGAGAGGCCAUUCACCUGCACCGUGUGUGGGAAAGUAUUCACUCGGUCUUCUAGCCUGCUGACACACCAUGUCACUCACACCAAUGAGAGACCCUUUAAAUGCUCUGACUGUGCGAGUAGCUUCAAAAGCUCUCGGGAACUGAUGUCCCACCAGCGUUUUCACACUGAGGAGAGACCGUUCAGCUGCUCUCACUGUACAAAGAGGUUUCGAAGCUCAUCCAACCUGCGGGAACACCAGCGAGUUCACACCAACGAGAGGCCAUUCACUUGCUCUGAGUGUGGGAAAGGAUUCAUUCAGUUGUCCAAAUUGCAGAUACACCAGCGAGUUCACACUGGGGAGAGGCCGUUCAAGUGCUCUCAUUGUGAGAAAAAAUUCAAAGAUCCAUCCACCCUGCUGAGACACCAGCGAGUUCACACUGGGGAGAGGCCAUUCACCUGCUCAGAGUGUGGGAAGCGAUUCACUCACUUCUCCAGCCUGCUGAGACACCAGCGAGUUCACACCAGGGAGAGGCCAUUCACCUGCUCAGAGUGUGGGAAGGGAUUCAAUGAUUCAUCCAAUCUGCUGACACACCAGCGAGUUCACACUGGGGAGAGACCGUUCACUUGCACCCAGUGUGGGAAAGGAUUCACUCUGUUAUGCAACCUGCUGAGACACCAGCGAGUUCACAAGUGAUUACAGGAGUUGGAUUCUGCUGUUAUUGCUGUUGUUCGUCCCAUCCAGGACUCAAUCAUGUUCAUUCUGACAGUUGGUGAAGUGGGAGGGUCGGAGGGUUUCUUUCUGCUGGACUGGCCGGUCUCACGACUAUGCUUCCAGUGGCUGAUGCUCUUUGAGCCUGGGAGUGCACAUUUCCACUGAAACGAUCCACAAAAGUUGAUCAAGUACAUUUUACCCUGUAUAGUAAAUAAUGUUUUUCCUACCACUGCAGGUAGAUCUAAAAUAAAUACCUUGGUCUCUGUUCCAUUGAGUCUACAGCACAGGGCCAGGCCAGUUGGCUCAGUUGGUCUAUGUCAGUAUUUAUGCUCCACAUGAGCCUCCACCCACCUCUCUUCAUCUCCCCCAUCAGCAUAUCCUUCUAUUCCUUUCUCCCUCAUGUAUGUAUCUAGCUUCCCCUUAAAUGUAUUCAUGCUGUUCACCUCAACCACUCGCUGUGGUAGUGAGUUCCACAUUCUCACCAGUUGCUGGGCAAAGAGGUUUCUCAUGAAAUCCCUAUUGGAUUA